GCAUACUCGCUCAAAAGCUUUGGGGAGAUGUCAUUAAUGGGACUCGACCUACAUGUUGAGCGCACGUGGGCAGCUCUGCUUCCGUUUUUCUGGUGCUUCAACUCAGUGCGCUCCUCCUGGUGACUUUCUUCGUACAAGAAAGCAAAGCACCUUUUUCUGUUUCGCACUAUUUUCUCUCUGUCUCUCACUCUCGUCCUUUGAGCUGCGGGUCUUCGCUUGCCCAACUCGAAAUAGAAAAUACCCACUUCACUCUCUCUCUCUCUCUCUCUCUCUCUCUUUUCGGAGGCUCAAGCUGUAAUUCGUUAUAAAAGCAUUAAGCGGAUGAAGAAGGCGUUAUCGGGUUUGGACAUCUCGUUCUUGCUGCAAAAAUGGGCUUCUCUUCUUGCUUGUGCCAUGCUCACUUCCCUCCACUCCAGAUUGGCAGUUCAAGAUUGAUAAAAAACGCUUCAGAUCGAAAUUCUAUCGGAGCACGUCAAAGAUCCUCAUUUCCUCUGAAAGGUAGUAACACUGAGCUUUUAGGCCUACAGAUUCCGAGGGCAGGAGACAACAUACGCAGGGAGUGGAGUUUUGCCCAAGGAUCAAGAAUUGUUACAAUACCAUACUCAGCAAGAGUCAUCCGAAACCAGAAAGCCCUUGGAUUACAUGCUUCUUGGUUGACAACAUCUCAAAUUGCUAGCAGUGCUUUCACUUGGGGAACUGUAGCUGUUCUCCCUUUCUACACUCUCAUGGUUGUGGCUCCUAAGGCUGAACUGACUAAGAAAUCCAUGAAGACCGGUGUACCAUUUAUUGUGCUCGGGCUUUUCUAUGCAUACUUAUUAUACCUCUCCUGGACACCUGACACGCUAAAGGCGAUGUUUUCAAGCAAAUAUUACUUGCCAGAGCUUCCUGGGAUUGCAAAGUUGUUCACAAAUGAAAUGACUGUAGCUUCUGGAUGGAUUCACUUACUGGCCGUAGAUCUCUUCGCUGCAAGGCAGGUCUUCCAGGAUGGAUUGGAAAACCAAAUCGAGACACGGCAUUCAGUCUCUCUUUGCUUGCUGUUCUGUCCCAUUGGAAUCGCCACUCAUUUCGUCACAAAAGCACUGACCAGUGGAAACAAAUAUGAUAUAAAGCAUUAACGGAAUAACUUCAUUUGAGCAUUGAGGUGAGUGUGGAUGAAGUUAAGGAUUUCUUCCUGUCACUGUACCCUGAACUUCCUCCAGACCUCCUCCUUGACCAGGACAAUGAGGUCGAGCAUGUCUGGCGAGGUUGAGGUGCCGAUGAUUAUGAAGAUGUUCGCAGGUUUUGUGGAAACUGUUGCCCCUCCCACUCUAACCUUUAGGGCCUGCUUGUUCAACCAAAGUCGCGGUUGCGACUCCUGAAUUUAUGGUGUUAAAA